GCCACUAAAUCCCAUGAGCAACUUGAUAUCAUGUUCUUCCCAUAUAUGGCUGCAGGCCACAUCAUACCCUUCACCCAUGUAGCCAAAUUAUUUUCUUCUCGUGGUGCGAACUCAACCAUACUAACCACUCCCCUCAAUGCACCAUUAUGUACCAAAUCAAUCCAAAGAAGCAAAUGUUUGGAGUUCGAUAAAAAAAUUGAACUUAUUCUCAUCAAGUUCCCAUAUGCUGAAGUUGGGUUGCCUGAGGGAUGCGAGAUGGCUGAUUUGAUCACAACACCAGAGAUGGAUGGAAAGUUUUUCCUAGCCACCACUUUGCUUGAAACACAGCUCGAGCAGAUCUUAGACGAACAUCGUCCUCAUUGCCUUGUUGCUGAUGCAUUCUUUCCUUGGGCUACAGAUGUUGCUGCCAAGUUUGGAAUUCCAAGGCUAUAUUUUCAUGCAACUGGAUCGUUCCCUUUAUGUGCCUCAUUGAGUAUGAUGAUACAUCGACCUCACAAGAAGUUAUUAUCAAAAACAGAAUCUGUUGUUCUGCCUGGUCUCCCAGAUGAGAUCAAGAUGACAGGAGACCAAAUAGCGGAUUUUUUUAAGCUAGAUGAUGAAGCAGAAUUUACCAAGCUCUGUAAAGCAGGCUUAGAGCUUGAGGAAAGGAGCUAUGGGGUCAUUGUCAACAGCUUUUAUGAACUUGAACCAGAUUAUGUAGAUCAUUACAGGAAGGUGUAUGGGAGGAAGACAUGGCAUAUUGGCCCGGUUUCCUUAUACAACAAAGAAUUAGAAGAUAUAGCCGAGAGCUCCAUUGCUGAGCAACACCAGUGCUUGAAAUGGCUUGAUUCUAAGAAACCCAACUCGGUUGUAUAUGUAUGUUUCGGAAGCAUGAUAAAAUUCGCUGAUUGUCAGCUCCUAGAAAUUGCAGCAGGCCUUGAGGCAUCUGGACAAGACUUCAUUUGGGUUGUGAAGAAGGAAAAGAAAGAUGUAGAAGAGUGGUUGCCUGAAGGAUUUGAGAAGAGAAUGGAAGGUAACGGACUGAUUAUAAGAGAUUGGGCUCCACAAGUGCUGAUUCUUGAGCAUGAAGCAAUUGGAGCUUUUCUCUCUCAUUGUGGGUGGAACUCAAUCCUUGAAGCAGUCUCUGCUGGGAUACCGAUGAUCACCUGGCCGGUGUCUGCUGAUAGCUUUUACAUUGAGAAGUUGGUGACGCAGAUACUCCGUGUUGGUGUUGCUGUUGGUAAUGAAAAAUGGGUGUCAUUUGUGGAUGCAAGUUUGAAGAGCGAUGCCCGUGUGAAGAGGGUGGCCAUAGAGAGGGCUGUGACUAAUAUUAUGGUGGGUGAUGAUGCAGAGGUAAUGAGAAACAGAGUUAAAGCACUUAGAGAGAUGGCAAGCGGGGCUGUUGAACAAGGUGGUUCAUCUUUCUCAGAUUUAACUGCUCUAAUUGAAGAGCUGAGGACUCUUAAAAAUUCUUGA